AAUAUCAGUGUUCUGGAGUCCAGGAAAUUGAGUUCUUCGCGGGUGCCACCCGCACAACCCAAUUGGAACGUGUCAAAAUUUAACCGAAAGAGUGCCUGUAAAUACCUGUGCUGUGCGGCGGUACCAUGGAGGUUGUCAACGGUGGAAAUGGAACCGUGGUUUGGAGAACACGCUCGCGGGCUCAGCGAAUCCAGGAUGACAUCGAUGAAGAAAACUCCCACCUGGACGAUCUGUACACCCGGUACCGGCAGCGGCUGCGAAAGUCCCUGUUCAUCUCUGGCCUUGGCAUAUCGAUACUGUGCUGUCUGGUAUCAAUCGUCCUGUGCCAGCUUCAGACCGCGAUUGUGGCUGACUUGACGAUGCUCGGCGUGGCCGCCGUGAUCCUGUGCGGCAUCCUGGUGGCACUGCACUUCCCGGUCGUGAUGAACUCCCCGCUGGCGGCCUUGGCCUUUGCCAUGCUCACCACCGGGACCAUCGGCGCGGUGGCGAUUGCCGUCGGAGCCCAGCUGGCACCGCUGCCACUGUUUGCGCUCAUUUUGGGCGUCCACACGAUGCUGCCCAUCUCGUGGCCCGUGUCGGUGGUGCUGGCGGUCAUCCUGUGUCUGGUCCACAUCGGGUACCGCCUAUGGGGUGGCGUCCACGACCUGCCGGCCUACUUCUUUCCUCAGCUGCUGGCCGAGCUCAUCUUUCUGGCGUCGGCGUCCGUCUCGGGUCUGUACUACCGCAUCAUGUCCGACGCGGCCCACAUCGACGCCGUGGACGGAACCCGGACCGGCAUCGAGCAACGGGUCCGGCUGGAAUGCGAACGGGAGCAGCAGGAACAGCUGCUGCUCAGCGUGAUACCGGCCUACAUCGCGGCGGAAGUCAAACGCAGUAUUAUGUUGAAAAUGGCCGACGCCUGCCAGACCGCGGGUGGUCAGAGCCAGACGCGGUUCCACGAGAUGCACGUCCAGCGCCACAACAAUGUUUCGAUCCUGUACGCGGACAUCGUCAACUUCACGCCCCUCUCGGAGCAGCUGACCGCGUCCGAUCUGGUCAAAACGCUGAACGAGCUGUUUGGGCGGUUCGAUCAGAUUGCACAAGAGAACCAAUGUCUGCGGAUAAAGAUUCUCGGCGAUUGCUACUACUGCGUGUCCGGACUGCCCGUGUCCCGGCCCCACCACGCUGCCAACUGUGUCAAUAUGGGCCUCCAGAUGAUCGAAGCUAUAAGGUUCGUCCGCGAAGCGACCGGCUUCAACGUGGACAUGCGAAUCGGCAUCCACACCGGCAACGUCCUGUGCGGCGUCCUUGGCCUGCGCAAGUGGCAGUUUGACGUGUGGAGCGAUGACGUCACGCUGGCCAACCACAUGGAGAGUGGCGGAGUGGCCGGUCGAGUCCACAUCACAAAGUCCACCCUGGACUAUCUGGGGGACAAGUUCGAGGUGGAACCGGGAGGAGGUGCCGGCCGGGAGUCCUACCUGGCGGAUCACAAAAUUGAAACGUAUCUUAUCAUACCACCGAAGAAACCGGAAAAAGAUCCCCUGAAGCCGUCUACGACCGUGGAAGCGCCCAGCCCCUCGCCCACCACCACCACCAUCCAGAUCAACGAACCCGAUCCGGACCUCGGGGACACCGGGGUCAACGGGGACACCACCUCGCUGGGCGAGCCACCGCGAACGCCGAAAACGCCCCGAACGCCCAAAACCCCCGAGGACCUGCGGCGCUCGCAAGUGUCCAUCGGUCUGCCGGAGGAGCAGGAGCGGCUGCUGCCCUGUCCGCGGCCUCCACCCUCUCCGUCGCCCCUCAUCAAGCAGACCAGCAUUACCAUCACCACCGAAACGAUCAACGAAGAGGACACCAACGGAAUCGACGAGGAGGACGGGGGUGGUUGCGAGAGGAACGGUGAGGGAGGUGGCGGUGGUGGUGACCGGUUGGGGAGUCAGUGUGGGGGAGGAGGUCGUGGCAGGUGUAGCAGGAGUGUAAGCCAGGAGAGGGAGGACAACGGGGGACCGGAGGUGGGGAAAAAGUCCUGUCUCACGUUGCCGGUGGAACCCAUCACCACGAAUGGACAUCUUCCCGAGCGGGUUGGCAGUCGGAAAUUGUCCGUACAAGGGCUAAUGGCAUUUGCCGAGCGGCGGAAAUCGACGAGCUCUAUUUUCGGCGACAUGCGGAAGAUGUCGAUUACGAACAUCGACUGCCUCCGGUCGCCGAUGGUGGCCACGCCGGGUCCGCUGCUGCGCAACCGCCCCUCCUCCAAGAUGACCAAGUACGUGGAGUGCUGGGGCGCGGACAAACCGUUCGCCAACAUCACCGACUCGAAGAUGGCGAAGAACAUCGGGCUGGCGAGUAUCGCCAUGGUCGAGUCCAACCUGCUGCCAGAGGACGGGCACUGCAGCGAGUGCAAAUGCUGGGGCCCUCCGAAGGAGUUGCAACCGGUGACCAUGUGGUACCGAAACACAGCCCGGGAGGCCAUGUACCGGGCCCAGCCGGACCCGAGCUUCCGGUUCGAUCUCAUCUGUUCGUUUGUAUUGUUUCUAUCGAUUGGACUGAUUCAAGUAGUAGUAUUUAAAAGCAAUGUAGUCGUUAUUGGUUCACUGAGUGCAACAGCCGUAGCGUUAGGUCUAUUUUUAUAUUUAAGCAACUACCAAAUGUCGGAACUGUCACCACCUGGUAAUAACGGCCCCGGCCAGGUGAUUGCCGCCAGCCGGACACUAAGGAUAGCAAUAUUUUUAAUUUCCACCUCGCUCAUCGCAGCGUGUGCCAUAUUCAGUGUGAUAAACUUUGACGAUCUAGUGAUAGCGGACGUCCAGCUGGUGAACAACGGCACCGAGGCGGUCACGUUCGAGGUCGAGUACGCGCCGGUCGCCCCCGUGUACCUGUACACGGCCGCCAUCAGCCUGGCGGCGGCCUCGGCCUUCCUCAAGUCGGGCUUCAUCAUUAAGCUGCUGGUGAUGCUGUUCUUCGUCGGUGUUCAGUGCUCGCUCCUGUGGCAGAGCUCCCUCUUCGAAACAUACCAGAUGCUGUACAACUCAUGGCCUCUAGCAUUUCAGGGCGCACUGUUCCUGCUGCUGAUAGCAUCCGUCCUGCACACGCUGGACCGCCAGGGCGAGUACGUGUCCCGGACCGACUUCCUCUGGAAGGCCAAACUCAAGGUCGAGCAGGAGGAGGUCGAAACGAUGCGGGGGAUCAACAAGAUCCUGCUGGAAAACAUUCUACCCGCCCACGUGGCCGGUCACUUCCUGAAGAAGGAGCGCGAAUUUCAGGAGCUGUACCACGAGAGCUACUCGUCGGUGGCGGUCAUGUUCGCGUCCAUUCCGAACUACAAGGAGUUCUACGACGAGACGGACGUCAACAAGCAGGGCCUCGAGUGUUUGCGGCUGCUGAACGAGAUCAUCUGCGACUUUGACAAGUUGCUGCUGAAGCCCAAGUUCAGCGGCAUCGAGAAGAUCAAAACCAUCGGCAGCACGUACAUGGUGGCGUCGGGGCUGCGACCGGGCAAGGAGGAGGGUGCGGCGAAAAAUAAUGAGCUGAACGAAAAGCGCACUGAAGAGCACAACGUGGUGGUGCUGGUCGAGUUUGGCAUCGCCCUGAUGACCACGCUGGACCAGAUCAACCGAGAGUCAUUCCAACGGUUCCGGCUGCGGAUGGGCCUCAACCACGGGCCCGUGAUAGCGGGCGUGAUCGGGGCCCAGAAGCCCCAGUACGACAUCUGGAGCAACACGGUGAACGUGGCCUCGCGGAUGGACUCGUGCGGCGUGAUGGGGCGGGCGCAGACCACCGAGAACACGGCGAAGGUGCUGAUGGCGGCCGGAUAUUCGUGCGAGUGCCGAGGCCCCAUCCCGGUGAAGGGAAAGGGCAUCCUGACGACGUACUUUGUCAAGACCCCCUUCGACGACAAGAUCUAGAACGGAUCCAGAGUGUAGUGUAGUGUCAGUAGGGCAGCGCAGCCUGUUGUAGUGCUGUAGUGCGACCGGAAACAAUAAGUGAGUGAGAUAGAUUUAUUACGACGAGCGGUGGGACAGAAAGAGAAGCAAGGCAACAUGAUGUGAUGGAAUUGAGGUUAGGGUUGGAAGUGCUAUGUUGGUUCUAUGAAGGUUUUAAGAUGACGUCAUUCCUGUUAAUUUCUGUAAAUUUUGUUCAAAAGUAAAGUGAUUAGGCAAAUUGUAACAGCUAAGUAUUAAAAACCUGCCAUAAUUAAACAGAAAAUAAACUUCACAACAAAAUCUAAGAUCCAACGUAGGACUACCAACCUUUUGCUUGCUACACCACUCAGAAGCUGAGAGCAUCCUUCCGGCGGCAGCAAUACGUGUAAUUUCUGAUGAUAUGCAAACAAAGAAUGUGGUUGUGCGGUUGUGUGGAUGUAUGUGUGUGUAUGAACGUGAGCACAAGUGUGCAUGAAGAUGUUCCUUUUCUCAACAUAAUCAUCGAUCAAUUUGUCGGAGUCAGUUUAUGUGGUGAUUCACAAUCCUUCCGUGAACUAUUGAAACGUUUGUAAUUCUUCAAUCAAGACCGCACUAUUUCA